AUGGCGUCACUCGAUGUUCUCGCCAGCCUCUGGGAGGACGCGCCGUUUGCGCGCCUGCCUGCCGAUGCGCCGCCCGAACUCAAGGACAUGGUCCAGAACAUCGAGAACCCCAAGCGCGUCUAUGCCAUCCACCGUGCCAGUCGUCGGCACAACUUCCAGAUUCUCGUCGAAGUAUAUGUCCUCCAGCUACGAUACGGAUGCGAUUCGAAAUCAUGUACGACUCCUACCUGCUUCUCCUGCCGAAAACGCCUCGCCGGCAAGGCUCCGAUCAGACGAUAUAAUACGACGAGCGCGAGGACGCUGGCUGUCUACUUGGCGAGCCAGGAUAACCCGGAGAAUGGAAUAUGCCCCAACCUCAAGUCGUCGAAAGAACCACCAGCCGCUCUGAACUCGCUCAUAUUUUCCCCGAACCCCGCGGCGCCGGCCUUCAACGACCCCUUCUCGAAGCGCCCCGCUACACCGAAGGAACCACGGCGGCGGAAGUCAGGCUCGUCCGUUAAAAUGAAUGGUGAAUGCAGCGGUUCUGCCAAGGCUUCCGGGGAUGAGGAGUCCAACCGUCGCACAGCAUCCCCGAGCGAACGGUCACACUUCGAUGCCGCCACGGGCACAGCGCAGAGGCCUGUAAAGGUUACGGAGCGGCCGAUCAGCAAGGAUUACCGUUCGUUCGCGGCGAAUGUCUUCGGCAGCGUCACCUUUAAGAUGCUGGAAUGGCUCACCCCGGCUGGUCUGGACGCCAUGUCCAAGAAAGUUGCAGCUUUGGAGGCCGAUGCGAUACCGAGUCCGGGCAGGGAGGAACUCUUGAGGUCGCAGAAGCCCUCGGGACAGUCGACACCGAUCCAGUCGAUAUCGCCCGUCAUAUACAAAGACCAAGACGACUUGCCGGAGCCAAAGAUUGAGCAGGGGCCGGACGCAGCUCUAGAGCAGGCUUCCGAGAAGCUCCACAACUCGAGCUCGGCAAUGCCAGGCUCGCGGCCAGGCAAACCUCAGCGAAGCUCAAGUGCGAGAGUGCGGGCGAACUCGAAACCCAAGAGGAAACUGUCCAUCGAGCCGUUCCCGACGUCGUCAUAUUCCGAAGACGUCACCUCAGGGCUGAUGUCUCCCAAGAUGAAUGGAGGACCGCAUGAGAAGCCGCCUAGGCCGCCGAAAGGGCCACAUAUAAACCCCUACGCUAUUCCGGAGAUACCGUCCACGCCGUCUUUCUUUGACAACGUUCCACCUCAGAACCACUCGGUCACGAUUUCCCAGGAGCCGGAAUCAUUUCUGAGGCCAAACAUGAACACGGGUGAAGCUAUAGCAGAAGCAAGGAAGCCUGGUCCCGAAACAGUAUCGCAGCCUCAACCCGCCCAGGUUGAGCAGCCGACAAGUGAGGCCAAGACCGAAGAGCCAGUGGACGUUUCAAUCUCUGACACCAUGCUGCCACAAGCUUUGACGUCGCUGAACGUUGAGGUUGUCGACCUGAUAUGCGACAUCCUUCAAGACGACGGCACUUCAGAAUCUCAUCUCCUGGAUCCUGCCAAAAUCACCAGUACGUACUCUGGGCUUAAGGACCGGCCGAAGAUGGAGAGAAAACGAACAUCCCGGAGCAACUACCCAAAACGACUGAGACGACAAUGGAAGCUCUUCAUCGAGCAGAGCCUGUUCAACAUAUUGAGUGAUCCUCAAAGCUUGGUAUCCUCCUUCGUCAAGGACGAUGAGCUUCUCGAUUCACACACGAUCUGGUACUGCAUGCUGCGACUCACACGCGUCGCCCCGAGUCUCGUUUUCCACAGCCUCUGGAUGGCAGCCGGCAGCCUAUUCGGUGCCCCAAAAUCACUGCAAUCGCUGCGAUCUCCCACUACCAGGGUUUUCCGCCGGGAGCGUUCGUUUCCCAACGUGGAGGCAGGCCAGCUCUUGUCAAUCUGUCUGCAUGCUCUGGUCGCGGCUGCCCCGUUGAUUACGGAUUCCAGAACACUCUUCGACAUGUCCCGAAUCCGCUCGAGUGGGCUGACGUUGGCUGGAAGCGGUGACUUAGCCCGACAACCAGCCUGGCUGUGCCUCCUUUAUGAUGAUGCUUUCUCGAACGACUUGGCACUCAGGUUAGCAAGGCGUCUGUUCGCCGCCAUCUCGGCUCGGAAAUGCUUCGCGGAAAUGGUGGCUCAGGACGACGAUAUCGAUGACAACGAGCAGGAGGUCGAUGCUCUUGGGCCCCUUCUCAUGCAACUGGCGUCGUUCAGCGGAGACGUGACAUCCAAUCCUGAGUUGGACAAGCUCGAAAGAGCAGGACACGAAACCAGGGUUUCCACCCUGCUGAUGGACUGGGCCAAGACUGUGAUGCUUCAAGAAUGGGAUGGCAAGCCAGAAAUUUCGUGUGACGGCUCCUUUGGUGGAGCGUUGUCACUCAUGGCGGCAAUGUACGAGAAACGACAAUCCCUUCUCAUCGGGGACACUCACUUCAGAGUGGACUACUUCGCGGAGAGAAUGGAUACUAUCAACAUGCCCGUCGCCUGGCUGUCCCACACCCCGCACAGGCAAAAGAAGCACCUACUAGACUUCCCCUUCAUCUUCGAUCCAGCCGCGCUCGUUUCGUACUUCCGAUCCAUCAACUUCUCAAAGAUGAGCCGGAGCUACGAGGAGUCUAGCUCUUUGCAAACUAGGAUGAAGGCGAUUGUGGCACCGGGCGGGUUGAUCACCAAUCCUCACCAUAAGUUGGUCCUGCAAGAUCUUCUGAAGACGGCAUCCUCAAAGUACCUGAUUCUCGAAGUCAGCAGAAAGCACGUUAUUAGAGAUGCUUUUGAUCAGCUGUGGCAACGAGAGGACCGAGAGUUGCACAGACCACUGAAAAUUCACCUUGGCGAAGAAGCCGGCGAAAAGGGUUUCGAUUCCGGCGGAGUCCAACAAGAGUUCUUCAGACUUGCCGUCGCCGAGUGCUUGAACCCAGACUACGGCGCUUUCACCGUCGAUGAACGGACUCGCAUGGCCUGGUUCGUACCUGGAUCCGUCGUCCCGACAUGGAAAUUUGAGAUCCUCGGUCUGCUCAUGUCACUGGCUGUGUACAACGGCUUGACGCUUCCCAUCACCUUUCCGAAGGCCCUCUACCGCAAGCUUCUCGGCGAGCCCGUGGACGAAUUGUAUCACAUCGCCGACGGGUGGCCAGACCUUGCCAUGGGCUUGACGACCCUCUCGGAAUGGAAUGAGGCCGACGGGGCGGUGGAGGACAUCUUUGCCCGCACCUACGAAUUCUCGGUGUCCAUGUUCGGACAGCCCGUGUCCCGAGAAAUGGGCGUAAAGGCGUCCGGCUGGCCGCAGUUUGAAUCAUCAGGGGAGAAGUCGCUCGUUGACGAAAACCCCGAGGAUGCACCGUUGGUAACCAACGAGAACAGAAUUGCAUACGUGAGAGACUAUAUCCGGUACCUCACAGACGUCUCCAUUCGCCCACAAUACGAAGCUUUUGAGCGCGGGUUCCGUACUUGCCUGCACCCCAAGGCGCUUCGUCUCCUGACGCCUUCUCUUCUGCAGUCAGUCGUGGAGGGUUCCGAGGAGGUUGACAUCUCUGAACUGAGGCGGUACGCCAGAUACGUUGGCUGGGACCAAAACCACCACAGCGUCCGCGACUUCUGGUCGAUCGUGAAGCGCUUCGACGAGAACAUGAAGAGGAGGCUUUUGGAAUUCGUGACGGCGUCAGACCGUGUUCCCGUCGGAGGAAUGAAGAACAUGCAGUUCGUCCUCCAGAAGAACGGCGAGGAAGAGGGAGAAGGGGGUCAUCUACCCACAGCAUAUACUUGCUACGGCACGCUUUUGCUGCCCGAGUACAGAGACAGGGAGGUCCUGAAAGAGAGGCUUACCAUGGCAUUGCAGAAUGCACAGGGUUUCGGUUUUGCUUGA